GGGUUGGUGGCAGCGGCAGCCGCGGCGAUGGACUUUCUCCUGGGGAACCCGUUCAGCUCUCCGGUGGGACAGCGCAUCGAGAAGGCUACAGACGGCUCCCUGCAGGGCGAGGACUGGGCCCUCAACAUGGAGAUCUGCGACAUCAUCAAUGAGACCGAGGAGGGCCCCAAAGAUGCCUUCCGCGCAGUGAAGAAGAGAAUCGUGGGGAACAAGAACUUCCACGAGGUGAUGCUGGCUCUCACGGUCUUGGAAACCUGUGUGAAGAACUGCGGGCACCGCUUCCACGUGCUGGUGGCCAGCCAGGACUUCGUGGAGAGUGUGUUGGUGAGGACCAUCCUGCCCAGGAACAACCCGCCCACCAUCGUGCACGACAAGGUGCUGAGCCUCAUCCAGUCCUGGGCUGACGCGUUCCGCAGCUCCCCGGAUUUGACAGGUGUCGUCGCCGUCUAUGAGGACCUGCGGAGAAAGGGCCUGGAGUUCCCCAUGACCGACCUGGACAUGCUGUCACCCAUCCACACGCCCCAGAGGACCGUGUUCAAUUCAGAGACAUCAUCAGGACAGAAUUCCCUGGGCUCUGACAGCGGUCAGCGAGGGGACCUGAGCCAGCACAGCACCCCUGUGCCCACCCCAGCCUUACUGCCCAGCGAUGCGCCCAUCACACCAACCCCGGAGCAGAUCGGGAAGCUGCGUAGCGAGCUGGAGAUGGUGAGUGGGAACGUGAGGGUGAUGUCAGAGAUGCUGACGGAGCUGGUGCCCACCCAGGCAGAGCCUGCAGACCUGGAGCUGCUGCAGGAGCUUCAUCGGACGUGCCGGGCCAUGCAGCAGAGGGUCCUGGAGCUCAUCCCGCGCAUCGCCAACGAGCAGCUGACCGAGGAGCUGCUCAUUGUGAACGACAAUCUCAACAACGUGUUCCUGCGCCACGAACGGUUUGAACGGUUCCGAACAGGACAAAAUGCCAAGGCCCCUAGUGAGGCUGAGCCGGCCGCUGACCUGAUCGACAUGGGCCCUGACCCUGUGGCCACCGGCAACCUCUCAUCCCAGCUGGCAGGAAUGAACCUGGGCACCAGCAGCGUGAGGACUGGCCUUCAGUCUCUGGAUGCCCCAGGCCGCCUGGAGGACGAGUUUGACAUGUUUGCGCUGACUCGGGGCAGCUCGCUGGCUGACCAACGGAAAGAGGUCAAGUAUGAAGCCCCACAAGCAACAGAUGGCCUGGCUGGAGCCCUGGACGCCCGGCAGCAGAGCACUGGAGGGAUCCCUGUCACCCAGGCCUGCCUCAUGGAGGACAUAGAGCAGUGGCUGUCUGCCGACGUGGGCAAUAACGCCGAGGAGCCCACGGGCGUCACCAGUGAAGAGUUUGACAAGUUCCUGGAAGAACGGGCCAAAGCUGCCGAGCGGCUGCCCAAUCUCAGCCCCUCAGCCGAGGGCCCACCAGGACCCCCUCCUGGCGCAGCCCCUCGGAAGAAGACCCAGGAGAAGGACGAGGACAUGCUGUUUGCCUUAUGAGCCAGGGCCUGCUGCUCCCUGCCCUGGGCUCUCCCUCCCCCGUCACUGCUGUGGCUGGGUACCCCUCUUUCCGUGAGGAUGGAGCUGGGCCGUGCUACUCCGGGGAGGGGGACGGCGGGAUGCACUGGGGACGGGGUUGGCUCUCCACUGGACCCCGGCUGCUCGGCCCCUUCCCCACACCAGCCACCACAGCCGCUGGGAACUGGGGGGCUCCAGGCAGCUGCCUGGUUGCUUGGUGCCCCAGUGUGGCUCUCCUUUCCUGUCCCCAGAGGAGCCUCGGAGCCCACACUGCCCGCCGAGGCCUUACCCAUUCCCGGUGCCUCGGGGGGCUCGGAGGCCUUGGCUUGCUGUGCAGGGCGGGGGCGGAGGCUGUGCUGAGCUGCUGUCUGGGUAGGUCACCCACCCUAGGGGCAAGGCCUUGCCAGCCCUCAGCUGCCAGAUGAGGCCUUGGGGCCCCGGGACCCCACUCCCUCACUACCUUCCCCUCCUCUCCGUCUCCCGGCAGUCCUGUGCCCUGUUGGAAGAUCCAGGGCGAGGUGCCUUUUGUACCCUCCAAUAAAGAGAAAACCACCCUG